AUGCCACCUGAGGUGCCUCCUUUGGCAAGCCCACACAGCCAGUGGCGCACACUCGAAGGCCAGGUGUGGGAGGCUGUCCAGAACCCAGAUCUGUUGGGAGCAACUUCAGAGGUGGUUGGCCACCUUCUUGAUCAGGUUGAGCAGGGCAGCUUAGGUUGGUGGCUGUGCCAGGAGAUCUUGGCCCUCCAACGUUCUUUUGACUUGACUUUGCUCUUGCUUGUUGCUCGGGGCUUUGAAGUUUUGCGCAAAUCGCAGCCACAGGGGCACAGGCAAAUGCGAGUCACAUCUUGCAACAUCACUUCUUGGAGGCCAGAAGUCAAGCAAUGGUUUUCAGCUCAAGGGGAUGUUAUCUUGAUUCAGGAGCACCACCUUUUGGAGUCCCAAAUAGUUGCUGAAAUUUCGUCUAUGGCUGCCAUGGGCUUUGACUCUUUCCUUGUGCCCGCAGCCCCUGGGGAGGGCCGACGGAAUAGCUCUAGAGGCGGAGUAGGGGUUUUAGUUAGAGCCCACCUGGGAGCCCGUUUGCGAGGCCAGUAUACCAACCAAGGUUGCGGUUACGUGGCGGUGACGCUACGCACACAAGGGGCUGACUUGACAGUAGUUAGCCUGUACCUCCAGUCCUCCUCCGGCUUCGGGUCCCCGGUCAACUCUGACAUCCUAGCAUCUCUGCGCGCAAUUCGUCAAUCUGUGAGGGGCCCAAUCCUGAUAGGUGGAGACUGGAACUCGCCUUUGAAGGAUUUGUUGGACACUUCCAUUUUUCAAAUUUUGUCCCUGGAACCAAUUGGGCCCAACAAAGCCACCUGUGGUGACAAUGAGCUUGAUUUUCUGGCUGUAUCACACUGCCUGGAAGGUUUGCUCCGGGUUGAUGCCUCCUGGGAUGUUCCUUUCAAGCCACAUGCAGCAAUCCAAGUUGCCCUCAAUGUGGGCGCUUUCCAGCUCACCCCUCCACAGCUUCCCUCCUUUGUGCUUUCCUUCAGGGAAGAACCGCUUGAUUACAUACAGGUUGAGGAGACCCUCGCCUCUUUGCCGGAUACCACCUUUUCGGCUGACCCUCUGAGCAAUCGACUGGCUUCCAUUUCCAGUUCGGUUGAGCACAGUCUUUUGCAAUCGUCCCAGGGUAUUGGUCGCCAACUCCAAGUUGCAUUCCUCCCAGCUGUUCCUCGCAUGUCCCAGUUCGCAUGGGAAGGUUCUUGCCAGGCUUUUUGGCACCGGGUACAAUUUCUGUGCCAGGGCGACCACCCCAAACGUCGAGAGCAAUGCCAGGAGUAUUUGCCGCAGAUCCUGGACCACUGGCAGGGCAACUCGGAGGAAGCUGUUUCUUUUCUUUCUACGCUCCAGGCUUGUCUCUCGGAGCAGGCUGCUGUUCCCGAGCCCGUCCAGCAAAUAUUGCAGGAGCAAUUUCUGCUGGCCUCUAAAGUUCACCAGGAUGCCCAGACCAAAUCGUACAGGUCGUGGUUGCAGGGAGCCCAAGAAAAAGGGAUGGCCCCCCUUUUCAAGACGAUCAAAAAAGGCGAAAUCACCACUGCACGUCCCUUUCGGGAUCUGUCCGCAGAGGUUCGCGCCCUGGCCAGAACCAAACUAUGGCUCCGCACUUGGAAAGGCGUACUUAGAGUUGAGGACCUUCCUCCUCUUCCACACGCAGAGCAACAGGCUCGCGGAAAGCUACGGGAACUUGCUGCUCAGCAGGUCGCUACCCUGAGCCCCAUUUCCCCGGAACAGCUGCAACAAAGGUUUUCCAAAGGCAGGGUCACUGCCCCAGGACCGGACGGCUGGAGCAAGUCCCUUCUCAAGAAAUUGACUUGGCCAAUGCUUCAGGACAUGUCUGAAUUUUAUCAGGAGCUCGAAAGAGGCCUCCGAGUCCCGCAGCAGUUUCUCCUGACACAAGUUUGUAUGUGGUCCCUGAUCCAAGAGUGGACGGUCUCCUACCAGGCCCUGGCUCCUUGGGAUGCCGCAGUGCCAGGUUUCUAUGACUAUGAUUGUGUGGUUUGGGCCUCGGUAGUCGACACUGGACUCCUGUUACAGUUCCCACCUUUGCUUUUGGAGCUUUCCCUUCAAAUUUAUGGUGGGGACCUUCAGGCCACUGGCCUCACUCACAACAUCGACCAGUGGCUGGAUGAUAUUUCGGCUGACGUGGUUUCCUUGGAAAAAACCAAGUUUCUUUGCUCAGACUCUGCCACCUCUCAAGUUCUUGCGCUUGCCACCUCUCUGGUCAGGCACAAGAAGGCGCAAGGCCGCCACAAGAAUCAUGAGGGCAACCUCUCCAAAGCCGUCACGACUCUUUGGCAGAAGUUUCCCCCAGAGGUCCAGAAGGAACUGAGCGAGGCAGGUUUCCAAGCAGGCCGGCAGCCGAGUCCGCCUCCAGGCCUCCAGUCUGGAAAAGGCAACGGGGCAAAGGGUGGGCUUGACGAGCAGGCCGAAGCCUCUAAGAACCUGUGGGAUUCUGCGUCUGAUGAUCAGAAGAAGCUGAUGCGCCAAGCUGGCAUCCCUGAGCCGGUUGCGUCGGAGCCAACAGACCUUGCGGCCCUUUGCAAGAAGCACUUGGAGUCAAUGCCGCCCUCGAUCCAGCAAGCCCUUGCAGCACUUGAUCCUCCGGCCCCCACGCAGACUCAGCAGAUUGAGAUUGCAACUCGUCGCUUUAAGCAGAGCACUACGGACUUGCGACUGAUGAUCCAGCAAACUGCUGCCUUACAGAUUCGCAUAGACCGCGCCAAAGCAACCUACCAGGAGCUGCUUGAGAAGAUGAAGGUUUGCCAAUCUGAUUUGCAGAGCAAACAAGCUGAAGUCACGGCUAUGCAGUCGGAGUUGGAAGCCACACUCCGUGCUGAUGCUUCGGGUCUGGAGGACCCCGCGCGCAAGGACGAUCCCUUGGAAGGGCUUCUAGAUACGCUUGCCAAAGUUGGAAUUGUCCUGACCCAGGAGCAGAAGGAGCUUUACGAGGAGGCCCAGCGCGGCAAGCUUAAUGAUGGGCAGCAGAAUAUGGAAGUUGAAGCCACAAACCAGCCUGGUUUGACGGCUCCGACCCGUGCCCCGCUGAGCCAAACUCUGCCAGAACACAAGGGCACUGUCCCUGUGACCGGUGCUUCUCCAAUCUCUGCUUUUGUGGCCACAACCUCAGCAACGGCAUCUCAAGUUGAGGAGUUUCCUCGCUUACAGGCGUCGGGGAGCCAUGCCGAGGUGCCACCUUUGGCAAGCCCACACAGCCAGUGGCGAACACUCGAAGGCCAGGUGUGGGAGGCUGUCCAGAACCCAGAUCUGUUGGGAGCAACUUCAGAGGUUGUUGGCCACCUUCUUGAUCAGGUUGAGCAGGGCAGCUUAGGUUGGUUGCUGUGCCAGGAGAUCUUGGCCCUCCAACGUUCUUUUGACUUGACUUUGCUCUUGCUUGUUGCUCGGGGCUUUGAAGUUUUGUGCAAAUCGCAGCCACAGGGGCACAGGCAAAUGCGAGUCACAUCUUGCAACAUUACUUCUUGGAGACCAGAAGUCAAGCAAUGGUUUUCAGCUCAAGGGGAUGUUAUCUUGAUUCAGGAGCACCAUCUUUUGGAGUCCCAAGUUGUUGCUGAAAUCUCGUCUAUGGCUGCCAUGGGCUUCGACUCCUUCCUUUUGCCCGCAGCCCCUGGGGAAGGUCAGUAUACCAACCAAGGUUGUGGCUACGUGGCGGUGACGCUACGCACACAAGGGGCUGACUUGACAGUAGUUAGCCUGUACCUCCAGUCUUCCUCCGGCUUCGGGUCCCCGGUCAACUCUGACAUCCUUGCAUCUCUGCGCGCAAUUCGUCAAUCUGUGAGGGGCCCAAUCCUGAUAGGUGGAGACUGGAACUCGCCUUUGAAGGAUUUGUUGGACACUGCCAUUUUUCAAAGUUUGUCCCUGGAACCAAUUGGGCCCAACAAAGCCACCUGUGGUGACAAUGAGCUUGAUUUUCUGGCUGUAUCACACUGCCUGGAAGGUUUGCUCCGGGUUGAUGCCUCCUGGGAUGUUCCUUUCAAGCCACAUGCAGCAAUCCAAGUUGCCCUUAAUGUGGGCGCUUUCCAGCUCACCACUCCACAGCUUCCCUCCUUUGUGCUUUCCUUCAGGGAAGAACCGCUUGAUUACAUACAGGUUGAGGAGACCCUCGCCUCUUUGCCGGAUACCACCUUUUCGGCUGACCCCCUGAGCAAUCGACUGGCUUCCAUUUCCAGUUCGGUGGAGCACAGUCUUUUGCAAUCGUCCCAGGGUAUUGGUCGCCAACUCCAAGUUGAAUUCCUCCCAGCUGUUCCUCGCAUGUCCCAGUUCGCAUGGGAAGGCUCUUGCCAGGCUUUUUGGCACCGGGUACAAUUUCUGUGCCAGGGAGACCACCCCAAACGUCGAGAGCAAUGCCAGGAGUAUUUGCCGCAGAUCCUGGACCACUGGCAGGGCAACUCGGAGGAGGCUGUUUCUUUUCUUUCUACGCUCCAGGCCUGUCUCUCGGAGCAGGCUGCUGUUCCCGAGCCCGUCCAGCAAUUAUUGCAGGAGCAAUUUCUGCUGGCCUCUAAAGUUCACCAGGAUGCCCAGACCAAGUCGUACAGGUCGUGGUUGCAGGGAGCCCAAGAAAAAGGGAUGGCUCCCCUUUUCAAGACGAUCAAAAAAGGUGAAAUCACCACUGCACGUCCCUUUCGGGAUCUGUCCGCAGAGGUCCGCGCCCUGGCUAGAACCAAACUAUGGCUCCGCACUUGGAAAGGCGUACUUAGAGUUGAGGACCUUCCUCCUCUUCCACACGCAGAGCAACAGGCUCGCGGAAAGCUACGGGAACUGGCUGCUCAGCAGGUCGCUACCCUGAGCCCCAUUUCCCCGGAACAGCUGCAACAAAGGUUUUCCAAAGGCAGGGUCACUGCCCCAGGACCGGAUGGCUGGAGCAAGUCCCUUCUCAAGAAAUUGACUUGGCCAAUGCUUCAGGACAUCGCUGAAUUUUAUCAGGAGCUCGAAAGAGGCCUCCGAGUCCCGCAGCAGUGGUCCCUGAUCCAAGAGUGGACGGUCUCCUACCAGGCCCUGGCUCCUUGGGAUGCCGCAGUGCCAGGUCGAACAUCUUUAGACAUCGGCAUCCGCCGGCUACUGGCCUCACUCACAACAUCGACCAGUGGCUUGAUGACAUUUCGGCUGACGUGGUAG